AUGCUGGAAAUCAUGAUCUGCACAAAACUCCAUCGGAUCCUGCUGGAAAUCACGAUCUGCAGGUAUUCAUCGAUCUCCGCCGUUGUGAACAACCUUGCCGACCAGGUGCUCCAUCGGAUCGUCUGCAGAUUCAUUGAGAUGGAUCGUCAAGGAGAAGGUUUCUUGUCCGGGAUUCUUUUGAAUAGAGAUGCUGCCCAUGUUUCUGGUUUGGACGACAAUGGAAUUCCGCUGACUGCACAGGAAACACAGAGUAGUCCAGAGGUGGAAGCUGUUGCUAGUCAUGGUAACAAGGGAAUGAAGAGGUCCAAAAAUAUUAGUGUGGAUGAAGAUGAACUUGUUUGUGAAGGAUGGUUGAUUGCUAGCAAAGAUCCCAUCCAUGGGGCCAAUCAAAAUUGUACCUCGUUUUGGGGUAAGGUUCAUGCUCACUUUGAGAAGCACAAUAAAGGUACAACUCCAAGGACAGAGAGUUCACUUUUGAAUAGAUGGCUCACAAUUCAGUCUCUAGUGAACAAGUUUUGUUCGUGUUAUGAAGCGAUUGAACGUAGAAAUCAAAGUGGUACAACUAUACAAGACAGGAUUGCAAGUGCCCUCAAGAUGUUCUCAGGGGGAGAAACCAAGGAAGGGAAGAAGUGCAGUGUGGUGUCUUGUUGGAACAUACUUAAGGAGGAGGACAAGUGGAAAGCCAAGAGGAUUGAACUUCUAGAGCUGGAGAAACAAGCAGGCACAGGAAAGAAGACCAAAAAAAAUUCCACCAAGGUCGCCAGGCCAAGGGAAGACAAUAAUGACCAUGAGAAGGAGGCCACCGAUGCUACUGCUGCUGCAGAAACCGGAGGAAGGAAAAGGUCUGAUGGGGUAAAGAAGGUUAAAGAAAAUCUUAGGUGAGGAGGUGGCGAAGCUUGCUUGGAGGCCCUCGACAAGAUGUGGGCAAAGAAGGAGGUGGCCGACAACGAAAAAGAGAAGACAAAGCAGGAGAGGUUUCUGGCGGCACUAGAGCUAGAAAAGGAAGCACUUGAGGUAGAGAAGAAGCGUCUAGUAACUGAGGAAAAAAGAGCUCAAGCGGAGGACAAACGAGCUGAAGCCGACUUGAUGAAGCAGGAGAAAGAAAUUAGAGCUCAAGCGGAGGACAAACGAGCUGAAGCCGACUUGAUGAAGCAGGAGAAAGAAAUUAUGUUCACCGACACGAACUCCCUCAACCCGUUGUAGCGUCAAUGGCUUGAGAUGAUGUAGAAGGAGAUCGUGAGUCGACGUUGUGGAAAUUCAAUUUAGAUUAUUUUUAUCAGCUCAAUAUUUGUUUCCACUAGGCAAAAACUUUGUUUAAUUAUAUGCAGAACCUUUUGUUUCCAUUAUGCAAAUCCUUGUUGCACUUGAUUUAAAAUGAAUUUGGUUGCACGUUCA